AUGAUCACACACCGUAUAUGUAAAGAGUUCCCUAAAGAGCCGUUGAUCGGUGCUUUCUAUGGUACAGAACCCUCACUCAUAGUUCAAGAUCAGGAGAUAAUAAAACUUAUGACUACAAAAGACUUCUAUUUCUUUAACAGUAGAGAGGUAGCUAACUAUACUGAGAAGGAAAUAUUUACUCAAAACCUUUUCUUCACUCACGGAGACAAAUGGAAGGUGAUACGCCAAAAUCUGACCCCAUUGUUUACUUCAGCGAAAAUGAAGAACAUGUACUAUUUGAUUAAGAAAUGCGCCCGUACAAAUGAAAUAAUAUCGUUCUUUAAAAAGUUACUCAUCGGUGUAUACGAGAACAGGCAAUACAAGCCGUCAAAAAGAAACGACUUUGUAGAUCUUGUGUUAAAUUUGAAAGAAAAUCAGUUUGUGACCGGCGAUAGCAUUACUAAUCUUAAAACUGGAGAAGGAAAGAAAGUACAUCUAGAAUUAAACGACGAUAUGUUAAUCUCGCAGUGUGUUAUGUUCUUUGUAGCUGGUUAUGAGACAGCAGCUACAAAACUUAGCUUUACUCUCUAUGAACUGGCAAAGAACGAGAAGACACAGUUGAAAACCAUAGCGGUAGUAGACGAGUAUCUUCAUCGCCAUGAAGGUAAAAUUGAGUUCGUUUAUAUCCAGUCUUCAGCACCAUCACCAGGGAGUUGGUUGAAGAUUACACACUACCGACAGGCUUGCAUCUAG